UUGUAUGUAUAUAUAUAUAUAUCAUAAACCUGAUAAAAAGCAAUUUAGAGCACAGUUUCUUUCUCAAUUAUUACAGAGGUAAAAGCAUUUACCAUCAUGAAGCUUUUUGCAUUCCUCGUUUGUUCCAUGUGUUCCAUGGUGUUGUUUCACCACAUCGAUGCUACAAGCUAUCAGUUUGACAUAAAACAAUCUCUGGCAACAAUCGACCUAUUGCUCAAGGCUGGUCUGAGUAGCUUAAAAGUGCAUGUAAGCAGCCUUUUUAAAUCAACAAGUGGAAAGAUUCCAAUUGAUGGCACACCACUUAUCAUGAAUUACUUUGCUCAUGAUUGUGAUAUCCAUAUAGGAAGAAAGAGAAUGUUUCUUGACAAAAUAAUUUCCUGUGAAGCAGAAGUUACUGAAGCUGUUACGAAAACUUCACGCACAUGUGUGAAACCGACUCAGACAGAGGCAGUCCAAUGUGCAGUAAAAGAGAUCCUUGAGAAAAUUAAAUCCGAUGCUGAAAAGGAUAAAACCACAACAUACUGAUUUACAAGCUUUGCUUUGAUUUCUUUUUGCAUAUUACAUCCUUUGCCACCCUCAUUUUUUUUUUUUUUUUUAAUAAUAUUUCCCUUUGAAUAAACAGAUUAACUAGU